UCCACUUAACAUGUGAAUUAGAACUUUAAAGGCUUCAAAAUUUAGGAAAUGUGACACAAAUUCAGUGUGUCAGUUCUAUAAACAUGAUAGUUUCAACAAAAAAAAAUGAAACAUAUUCUUUGAAAAUAUAAAUUUGAAGGCAUCUCUUGUUUUACAAUAUUGUAUAAAGCACUUUAUUGUUUGUAGGAGUAUUCGGACAAUGCAAUACAUCGGACACUCCGUGUCCUGCAAUACAUCGGACAUGCUCGUGUACUUGACGUGGAAAUAAUUAUAUUGCUUUAAAUGCAUUAAUGCUCUCCUCAAACACAAUGGAAUCAAAUUUGGCUGACACAAUAAGUAGAGCAUGUCUUCAAAAAUACACAGAAUUACCUAAAAAGGGAAAACCAAUGAAAGGCAAAGAAUGGACAUUAUUAGCUGGAAUAGCUAUGGCAAAAACCCAAGGAAAUGGAGACACAGAGGUGACGGUAGUUUCCCUGGGGACUGGUUCAAAGUGUUUACCAGCGUCUAAACUGAGUAAAACUGGAGACAUUUUGAAUGACAGCCAUGCAGAAGUGUUAGCAAGAAGAGCUUUUCUACGGUUUCUUUACGAGGAGUUGAAAAAGGUGUAUGGGUCUGGUGAAAGUACAGUCCUCAAACUGUGUGGCAACAACAUGUGCUGUGUACAGGAUGGAAUCACCUUCCACAUGUAUUCCUCGUUAACACCGUGUGGGGAUGCCUCAAUAUUUCCAAAACCAGACACAUCAUCAGCAGCAGCAGAGGAAAAUGAAGGCUGUGAGGUGCAGUGUUGUCAAAACCAAACUGGUUGUGAUGAAACUCAAGGUCAAUAUGAUGUGGCACAUGACAAUGAUUGUUGUUUCCAUGGAAAUGCAACUAUUAAUGAACCUGGUCAUUGUUCUAGACAACAGGAUCUGCAAUUAGUUCACAAAUGUGAUUCCUAUGGGAAAACCCAGGAAUGUUUUCCUGCUGCCGAUGAUAAAUCGGAUUUGUCAGGCCAGGUUGGAAACCUGGACAAGAAGUUGUGUUGUCAUGACAACAGCGAUACGCUUCUUGGGGAGGUUUCCAAUGUUGAUGUUACUCAAACACAGAUAGAGGAUCAAAAGUCUCUCAUUGAGGGAAGUGUUCCUGGGACAUCCCCCAAUGAAAGAUCAUAUUCAGCAACGAGUAUGGGCAGUUUGAAACGACCAAAGUGUGACCAAGAAAAUAGCACUUGUAAGAGGGUCAAGAUGGAGCAGUCAGUAUCUGAAGCGGGUGAUGUUUACAGGACUGGUGCCAAGUGCAUUGUGGGUGGUGUCCAGGACCCUAAACAGCAAGGGGUCUUCUACCACACCCUAGGGGCUUUCAGGACAAAGCCAGGGCGUGGAGAACGGACUCUGUCCAUGUCAUGUAGUGACAAGAUGGCGCGCUGGAAUGUUGUAGGCUUGCAGGGAGCGCUGCUAUCUCACUUCCUGUCCGCGCCCAUAUACCUGGAUUCCAUAGUAAUUGGAAGUUGCCCAUUUGACUCAGAAGCGAUGGCCAGGUCUAUUGUUGGUCGUAGUCAUGGUGACGAUGCUCUGCCUACUGGAUAUACGAUCCACAAGCCUCACUUCCUGCACAGCAGACAGACAUUUGAAUUCAGUCGCUCUGAAGUGGCAUCUCAACAUCACGAUAUCAAAAUUGUUCCUAGUUCUGUUGGUCUUGGAUGGUUCCAUACAUCGGCAGGAGGGGUAACAGAUGUAACUGUUCUAGGGAAAAAGCAGGGCAUCACAGCCAAGCAUGUGGACACAGAUAUGUCCUGGAGUCUCUUGUGUAGCCGAUCUCUCUUCCAACAUUUCAAGGCUUUGAUAGCAGAUAUUCCAGCAGAAAAACUGCCCACAUCACUCAGAUCUGAUACAUUGAAGACAUACAGGGAUUUCAAGAUGGCUGCUGUCAGUUACCAGACGUCAUGGCAGCAGUUGCUAGGGAGAUUCAAAACAUGGCAACACAAACCACCAGGAUUUGGAGAUUUUACCUGAUGUUGUUUACGUUUUGUUUAGAAAAUUUAAUACAUGACAGAACAGCUGCUUUUUUUCUCUACAAACCAGCAUUGGCUUAGUUGGAUUUUGGGUCAUUUCUGUAUAUUAUUAUUGGAGUAUUGAUAAGUCAGUAAUAACGACUUAAUGAGAAUUAAUUUAUUUUAUGGCUUAUCGUGUACAUCCUAUUAGCAGCCUUUCUGAUUUAGCUGGAACAUGGUCAGCAUUCUUGAAAAAUAUUCAUUAAAAAAUAAUGGGGGCUUCCUCAUGUUUCAGUGGCCAAUUAACCAGCUUGCAAACUUUUAUCGGACGAAAAGGGAAGAAUGAGCUUGUUAGAACUUUGCAUAGUGAGCGGCAUGUCACAGUAUGACUAGAAGUCAAAGUGGUGUGCACUAUUUAUUACAUAAUAUAUAUUACUGAACAUGUUUGUAUGCAGUUAAACAAAGUAGUUUACAGGCCGUUUAUAAAAGCAAACAUUAUUGUGUAAGGUAUACCAUAAUUGUUAAAUGUGUGCCCCAGCUAUAAAACGUUCAAUUCUUAAGUCACACACAACUCAUGUUGCAAUGUUCUGGACAGAUGUUUAGUCAAUCAUGAUUGAAUCAAAGAGGAUUUGCAGCAUUUGGGGAAUUAUGUGCCCUUUGACCAAACAUGCAAAAACAACGUAUUUCCUAACUGAACAUUGAUUGAGUAUUGAAAUACCUAUUGUGCCGCUGACAAUAUAAGCAAUCUCGUCCUUUACAUAUAAUUUCAGAUUGAUUUCCAUUUAUCCAUCUGGCUGUUCCAAGCACUUCUUCACAUUUACUAUACCACUUCGUCGCCGUUUGGUGUCGACUUUAUACCAUGGUGCCUUAUAUUAUUAGCGAGGCUGUUUUCGGAGAAAACCCGAGGUAUUGUCAUAGCCUGCUCGUCGUCCGCCGUCUGCCGACGUCGUGCUCAAACUUUUACAUUGGCUCUAAAAUCAAAGUGAUUCCACUUACAACUUUGAAACUUCAUAUGUAGAUGCACCUUAAUGAGUUCUACAUGCCACACCCAUUUUGGGUCACUAGGUCAAAGGUCAAGGUCACUGUGACCUCUAAAAAAAUUAUAAUAAUCUCUGACAAGCUUUCGCAGCCGAGUGUGGCACCUGUUAUGCGGUGCUCUUGUUUUUUAUAUCGGGUCUGUGGUGGUUUAUAUCAUAUGUUUGUUAAGAAGAAAGCUAUUUUACUCUUAAUCAACUUUGAAGGCCUGAAUUCCUGCAGUUAGUUUAAACCAAACCAACAAUAAGAUACCAAUAUGUACAUUAAUGCCACUGUAAGAAAAAAAAAACAGCACACAUGUCAUAAAUUUUUUUCAACAGCUCUACAUGAAUCUGAGCAUGCUUAUGACGUCAUGCAAAUUGUGUCAUUAUGUCGUAAAAUGAACUCAUUUGGACUUAAAUGCAGAUUCUUAGUGAUUAUAUUUUUAUAAUUUAUUUACCAAAAAUAGAGGGGUAUGAUAAACAUUUAUGCAUUUUAUUGGCCUCUUGUUUUGUCAUAUAAACGGCUCAGCACGAAUAAAUAACGGUUUGGCAAGCCAUGCAGUUAUUUUAUGUAAAGCCUCAUCUCAUGCAUCUGAUAUACUACAAAACAAUGUGUAAAAUUUUAUUCUCUAAAUGUAAGCUUGCAACUCAGGUGAACUAUGUUACACAAUAGGAGAAAAGCUUUUGUAUUAUGAGCGAGAUAAGCAUUUUACAUUGUGAGAUAUGACAUAUGAUGGUUACGCAUAUGGUGGCGACUGCAACUGGUAACUUGAACAGUGUUUAGAGGUCGUUAUUUUCUAAAGUACUUUCCCUAUAUAUAUCAUUAUUGUUCUUUACUGGAAAAUUAUGAUUAGACAUAAACGUAUAGCACGAGUAAUAGUAAGCCCCAUUAAAAGUGACGCAUCAUCAGAACGGAGGCAUGUUGCUUGAUGAGAAAUGCCUGAAAAAAAGAAGACAUUACCAGACAGACUGUUCACAUAAACUGAUGCGGAAUCAUACAAUAAGCACUAGUAUUCUUUCAAUUUUCUUUAUUUUCAUCAGUUUGAUGGCUCAACUUGACCUUUAACCUCCAUGUUUGACCUUUAUUUGUGAGGUAGGGAGCCGGUGUUAAAUGCUUUAGGUUAUUUGUGGUGACUUGUUUUAGCAAUAUUUGAAGAAAACCAAACUUACAGUCUUAGUUUUAUGAUCUCGACUUUUUAGGAAGGUAGACGGGUUUUACUUGCUUUGUUAUAUAAUAGAGAUGUUGAGCAUUUGCAGUAUUUUAAAAUUUCACGUUGAAGGCCAACGGGCUACAGUCCGGACAUUCUUGGAAACACGAAUAAAACGCAUAUACUCACUGACUAUUUACUAUAUCUGUUUUGCAUCCAGCCUUACAAAAUAUAGGUAAGUUGUGUCAAACUCAGGGCGUCAAAGUUAUCGCUCAUUUCCUAUAGACGAGUUAACGCGUGACGUCACACGCACUUGCAAAGUUAAGACUCCGCCCACUGGUUGGCAAAAAGAGGUGGAAUUCAUAUAAGCGCAUAUAGAGAAGGUUGACAUUAUCAUCGUUUUUACUGAUAAUCAUGAACUGUAUCAAAUAUAAUUUUACUAUUUAUGUCUGAAUAAAACAUAAGCAUGCGUGGAAAUUCAUUUUUUUUGAACGAUUAUAUUGUUGUUAUUAUUUGUUUUUACUAAAAACGAGCUCUGGAGUGGAACGUACACUAUCUACGAGCUCGGUAU